CGGCGUUAGCAGCAGCAGCAGCAGCAGUCAGUGCAUGUGUUUUGGGGUUUUACUUGUUACAUGUAGAUAAGUAAAACACAUAAGUGAAACACACCACAACACACAGACAACCUGUGUUAUUCGUUAAAUACAGACUAACAGACGUUGAGCUAUGAACCCUGUCUUUCGUAAGUUGCAGGUGUCUUUCACACAGCAGGUGUUUGCGUUAAAUAAAGCCCUUACAUUAUGCCGUGCCACACCGUCCAUCCAGCAUCCUGUAUAUGGCACAGCUUCUGCAAAUGACAGACAAUUUCACAACAUGCCAACCCACGGGAUUGGGAGUUGGAGAUACCUUCUAAGAAAGAAUUUGCAAAGGAAAAAGAAAGGCAAGCGUCAGAUUAACCCAAUCUUUGAAGCGACGGACACAGCGUACGGUACCCUGAAUGUGCAGGUGUCAGGUUACGACAUGACGUUGGUGGAGCACUACAUCCAGUACAUCCACAAACUCUGCAACCACUUCGACAUCAAAGUGGCAUUGUGCUACGCUUUGCCAACCAAGACCACAGAGGUCAUGCUAAUGCAAGAGCAAGGCACCAAGAUGUACACCGACGCUGUCCUAAAGACUCACGAGCGAGUCAUCCAGUUGAGAAGUCUGAACACACUACUGUGUCCCGUCAUCAUGGACGUUCUUUUAAAGAAUCAACCAGAGGGAGUUCAACUUUCUGUGAAAGAGCACAGCGAGGCUGAAUACAAAGUGCGGUUCAAGGCGCGUCCGGAGCUGGAGGACCUAAUGUCUCGGAUAAACCAAUAACAGCUGUGACAUUCUCUAGUUUGACCUUCCUAAUUUCCAAAAACUGCGCGUGACACAGAAGUUACACGUCGUUAGCAAGGAAUACCUGUUUAAUUAUAUUUAUUCCCUGGCAUUCCUCAGUGGAAUUGCUGCUAAAGGUAAUCAUUUGAAUUGAAAUUACUGUGCUGUAUAUUUGACAUUCUUCUGUGACCUGGAAAAUAAAACC